GGGGAAAGGAUCGUGACCUCAAACGACAUAGAUCUCCAACUCCGCACCUCCAGCAGCACGCCGGAGAUCCUUCUCCCAGAGCUCCUUCCCUUUGAGCAUCCCCAAUGAACCGUCAUCGUCUUUCCUUCUUCAACCUUCCGUCUGAUAUCCCCACCUUCUGGCAAUCUGCUAUCGAUCCUGCCCUCUCUUUCCAGAUCCAGGAACUCAGCGUGCCGAUCUUGCACGAAGACAAGUGGAACGAGUGGUGGGACGCUUACGUAGAACUCGGCUUCUGUUUGGUGGACGUCGUGUUUCACUGGGUGGAGCCGGCCCCAGAAGCUGAAGGGGGUGAGGUUCAGGACGACGAGGUAGAACUGUUGAUCGUGCAGGCUUGGCGAACGGAUACGGAGGGGGAAUUGUUGGGGAUAAUAUUCGGCAAGGUGGAAGAAGGCCAUCUCGACGCAAUCACGGAUGAGUUGCUGGUGUUUUUAGCGCAGUUGGUGGACGAUUUACCCCUCGACAUCUUGUCGAGGUGUGACGAGAAGCCAGGGACCAACGUGCUCACUCGCACGCUUGCACCGCAUCUGCUGUGGUCCACGUGUACGAAGUUGGACGGAGAUAACUGCUUUUACCCGUCCCCGAGCCUCUAUCUCGAAAUCGACGUCACCAAUCUCACAUUGUGGGACCCUUUUGUCCGGCGAGGAAACGCGCUAGGAGCCAGUGACGAGGAGGAAGAAGAAGAAGAGGAAACAGAGGAGGAAGAAUCGGGCACUGAUCAGGACGAUCCCGAUUACAUCGGGUCAGGGGAAGAAAACGAGGCGACAGGAGAGGAAAGUGGAUCGGAGGAGCCGAGUGGCCGUCCCAAGCGAAGCAAAGAGGAGGAAGAGGCAGAAGCUCAGUGAAGGCGGGAGAAAGCGGAGGGCAAACGGCUAGUCGGAGAACCCGAAAGGCCGCCACCACAGUUGCUGCUAGGCGAUCCAUUGCUAAAUC